AUGGAGGUGAGUGUGGAUCGAGUCACAGGCACGCCGUCAUGUGUGGUGGACCCUCUAUCGGUAUCACGAAUCGGUUUCUUAUGCGAAGGCCAAAUUGAACCACAUGAUUGUAUGAUUUCACUCUUAGACGGAGAUGGUGGCGUCGUGAAGCCUCCUAGGCCACGUUUAUAUUGGAAAUUUGUGCACCAUAGGCCUUGGGUUGUAGCGCAAUAUUUUGAUAAAUUGGCAGUACGACCAUUCUAUGGUGAAUGUAGGUGUAUAGAUCCUCAAACAAGUAGGCUGAAGGCCAGGAUUGAAAUGCGUUCAAAAACCGACUAUGUCUGUGACAUUGCCAGCAUGAUCUUCCGAAACCGAUUACGACCAAUCCGUGGCCCGUGGUGUUCGGCGGUGCUUCAUCCUGGUAGCACCUUGACUAUAAAGAUUCCAACGCAGCCUGUGAACUCGGUUUCGAUUGACGUUGAUUCCGACGGAGAUAUCUCCGAAGAUGUCUCGAAUGUGCCAUUCUCUCAACUGCCAUCCGCCUAUGAAUACGAAUCGGAAUUCCUGCCGAAGGACCUAACUACUCUGCGGCAGCGAGUGAAACAUUAUGACUUCGAGAGUUACGACGAAAGAUUUUACAAAGAGGUCUUGGCUGGCGAUGCUAUUGAGCUGGAUCUUUCCCAAAUGUCACGUGGUGAGAUCAAACUAAUUUACAAUGCGAACAAACCUCUUGCAUUAAAAUAUGGCACAAAUUCCUUCUGCUAUUAUUGGAAAUUGGCAUCUACGAACCCGAAUAUUUUGGAUAAGAUUUUUGCUCCUGUUGUUGUAUCCUUUGCGUAUAAUCAUCGAUACAUAUUGCGUGGCUGUGACCGAAUGCAAAGGGGUGUCUUUGAUCCAGAAAUUAGCAGGAAGUAUUGCUCAAUUAAAUUAAUGGGAAGUGGUAUAGGGAAUAUAUACGAGUGUUCAUUACAAGUGAUUACUGAUGCUGCGAAUGCCGGCAUCUACUGUGGACCUGAUGAGGAACUGUUGCCUAACAACUGUAACUCCGUGAUGUACGAUCUACAAUCGAAUAGUGUUGUACCGUACCCUGCAUUCAUUCGUAAGACAUCGGCUCACUACUUUCGAGGAUUUCAAGAUUUACAAUUUCUAUUCAGGAGCUAUGUCCCAAUUAGUUACGCGUGUAUGUGCGUGGAUAAACGCGGAUACGAAUCGUCGAGGCUUGUGUUAGGAUCCAAUAAUGAAGUAACACAUGCGUACGAAGUAAACCGUAGAACGCUGUUUGAUACGUUGCUCCCAUACAUAUCGCUGCCUUGGCAGAAGGUCGUACUGUUAACAGAAGAAUCCAAUUCAUCAAUGAUGGUUGAUCUGCAUAAACCACGCAUGCAUUCCGUCGAACUUGACGUGGGAACAACGUUGUUAUUGCGUUGUGAACUUGUUUUCGACGUUCCUAGCCCUGUCAAUAAUGAAAUAAAUUUGGUGACAUGGCUCCCAACUCAAGUCGAUGAAUUUCAUUAUAGUAUCCAUCAUACGUUCCACGGGAGCAAGCUUAUUAGGACAUCACGCGAGGCCGUGAUGGUCAGUGCAAAAGGUGGAUUGCAAGCCGUUUUCCGUAAAUAUUUGGAAGGAGCCGUGUAUCAAACACUAAAGAUAACGUCGCGUAGAAACGCUGUGAUAAUCUCCAAAGACCCAACUAAUACUAAACGCGUACCUUUAGCUUUCGUCUGCGGUAAGGCACCUGAGCAGUCGAGUUUAUCAAGCGUAAAUGGUGAAGGUUCCACGUCAGGCGCAUCUGGAGACGCCAAUUUACAGAAUACCAAAUUGUCAGACGAACACAAUUGGCACGUCGUUGUGGUGAACGUCGAGACCACUGACCCGUACAUGCAAGGCUGCGGAGUCACAUAUGCGUCAGAUGAGUUGUUCAAGCCCGAGACACCCAAACUCUACGACGCUGACGGAAGAGAAAUUGGUUGCAAGAUAGACCUUCAAGCCGCUAAGGAAGCCGCAUUCUACUGCCCAGUACCGUACGUCCUGGACCCACCCAAUUGCUUUAACAAUGUCUUUGUUGACGGCAUAGUGAAAAAAGUAAACAAUCUCAGCAAGUCGUUGGAAGCAUCGCGCACUAAUCACUUUGUGACGCUAGCAUUCAAGAGCAAACUGGUAGGGCGGGGGGAAACGCUGCGCCAGACGCCGCCGUUGGAGUGCCGGUGCGUCACUCUCAAAGGUGUCACCCUCUCUACCAUCCAGGUUGAGAACUACUACGCCAAGGAAUGA